AACACAGGUAUCAUUCGCAUUUCUGUAUUCAGUCAUGACAGUGAUGCCUACGUCUGAAUAAGAAUCGACCAUCAUUUACCAAAGAUCUUAGCGAGUAACCGAGAAAACGGGGGCAAUCAUGACUCAUGGAUAUGGUUUGAAGCUGGCGACCUUGGUACUCUGCCUGCUUCACUUCACUCCACCCAUCUACUCAGCCCCACUCUCCUCCUACUUGGUAUCAUUCUUUACUCCUCCUGAUGCUGACUCCGACCUACCAUUCAACCACAUCACCAUCAACAACAUCACAGGAGAUGUCUAUAUUGGAGCAAGGGAGAGACUCUAUCAACUGAACUCAGACCUGACUCUCAAACACGCCGUAGAUACCGGAUCAUGCCCUUCUCCAGAUGAAGAUAACACCGAUAAUAAUAAGCUUCUAGUGGUAGCUCCAUCACCUGAGGAUAAACUCAUCACAUGUGGUGGCUGUGAUGGUUACUGUGAGACAAGAAGCUUUACUAAUAUAUCACAUGAUGUAGUGAGAUAUGACUCUUCUGGUACUCAGCUUGUAGUGACCACAUCAGAUGCACCUAUAGUUGGAGCUGUGGUGUUGGGUGCUGACUAUCAAAGCAAUGGUGUUGGUACUGCAGAUGAUGGAUUGUACUUAUUUACGGGGAUCAGUGAUGCGUCAGUGAGCUUACCAUCUAUCUCAAAGCACAAUAUUGAUGACUUGAGUCACGGACAACGGGUGACAGAACCUCAAGCUUCUUUCCCACAAAAUAUUUUCAAACAUUUGAUACCUUACAUGGAAAACCUCUACUAUUUCAUGUCUAGGGGAAACAAUCAGAAGAGUGCAUACUUGGGGCGACUGUGUCGUAAUUCAUUAGACGAAACAUUGUCAUCCUACACAGAGAUACUUCUACAGUGUGGAACUUAUAGUGAGAUCCAAUCAGGUAAUAUAGGAGCAACUGGAUCCCAGCUUGCUAAUUCAUUCAGCAUGGAGAGUGCUGAUGAUCUUCUGUACGCUGUAUUCGGAAGUGAUAGUUCUUCUGCUCUAUGCAUCUAUAAGAUGAGCGAUGUAGAGCAGAGCUUUGAUGAUGCUGCCAAGGGAUGUAGCCAAUCAGGAGAUAACAGAGGAACAGAGAACAACUACCUUCAAGAUAGUUCAUGUAAUAGUGUAAGUGUAAAUGUCAAGUAAGCUGAAAAUCUUUAAAAUCAUUCUUACCAUAAUUCUUGUUCUUAGUGUUAUAAAUUGAACAUGUGGCUCCGGACAGUCAAAAUGGUAGUUUGAUCUCUUCAAAACGGAAUGAGUUCAACUUUUCGGAAUAGACCUAUAUGGUGCUUUUCUGUUACACUCUAGUCAGUAGCACCGAAUAUAUCUGCAUAUGGCAAUUAGUUUGCCGUGUAUUUCCAUGAAUGAACAUAUUUAUGACGACAGAAAUGCAUAAAUCUAAAAUCGUGCAUUCAUUAUUCAUUUAUCAUUCAUUAUUAUUAGAAUGUACUUGAUUGGGUUAAAUAAUGACGAUCCACAGUAUUGUACGACGCAAUGAUGGAAUCAACAUGAAAAAUCACACAGUUUUCAAAAACUUGGCACUUGGAUGUUCAGCGUAAAGUGGUUAUCCGAUUCACACUUUACGCUGCAUUCAAGAGUUAAGUGUUUGGCGAGAUUUGACAUCUGAGAAUUAGCCACUUUAAACAAUCAUUCCGUACCCAAACGCUGUAUCAAGUGGUCACAUUAAGUGAUUAUUUUCACAGGCAAUUAACUCGUGAUUAAUUUAUCUACACCAGCUAAGAAUAAGCCUCAUCGUUUUUCUGAAAUGUAUAUUGUAUAUCAUUCCCCCCUUCAUUUUUAUUAUAAUUCAAUUAGCUUGAUUUCAUUCCUCGUUCUACAGAAGCUUUAAAAUGCCAUCGACUUGUCGU